AUGUGUUUUGAGGUCCUUCGCUUCCCAUAUAUGAAACAGUUCGAAUCGAUUGUUAUUGGAGAAUACCAAACGCUUAAUCUCCGCCAAGAAACAAGGGCGCCGAAAAUAACCCCUUCAUCCCAACUUCUCGGUGUCGUCUCAUGUAUGAAACUCGAUAUGUCAGAUAUUAUGAUGAUUGACAAGCGCUCUUUUCUGAAGGGUUUGGAGAUUUCAGAUUUGCGCCCUCUGAUCUUCCUCCUCUCUGCCGUCUACGCCUCCCCUCUCCCCGAUAAGGAGAAGGCCGCAGCGACAGCCAAUUCAACCGUUGCCGGGAGUGUUCUCACUGCUUCCACAUACAACGAUUUCCAAAUCUCUAGCGGCACGGCUGGAACGGCCCAAGAUGAAGCUAAUGCCCUCUUUAAGGCCAUUGAUAUGAAUAAUCUUGCUGCUGUCUCUGCAUCUGACCUCAAAAUCAUCAAUGGAAUCCACGAUGCUGCCGAGAAUGCCGAAACUGAUGCUUUUAAUCCAGCCAUUGAGGCUGCAAGUGGUGAUGAUGCUACUGCUCUUCAGAACGGCAAGAUAAAGAACAAAGUACUCAAGCUUACAGCUGAAGUCCUAGGUAUCCAAGUUAAAGCAGCACAAGGAGGGGAUGAUUCAGAUUUGGAGGCUGAACAGAAAAAAUUGGCCAAUAACGUUAAAUUGGAUAUUGCAUCUGAAGGAGAGACCAGUACGGCGGUCAGUUUUGAUGCUACGAGUUAA